AUGGCGGAAAGUAUUUCCACUCCAACGAAGAUUUCUGCAAGAAAUCCAGUUUGCAGGCUAUGUGGUGGUUCCUAUGAGAGUCGCUAUAUGCUACGGAUAUUCAGCAAGGCCGGUUCAACUAAAGAUCUGUGUUCGAAGGUUAAAAAAACGUGUGGGAUCAAAAUUUCUGAGGACGAUACGAGGUCAGCUAGGUCAACAGUGGUGUGUAGGACUUGCGUUGCGUUCGUAGAGAAAAUGGAUCAGUUCAUUCAAAGGGCCCAAUCUCUAGACAAUACGCCGUCUGAUCCAGUAAACACAGAAUAUUCUGUAAAGCGAUGCGUUCAACUUUCGCCGUCUUCGCAUCAGCCUUCGAAGCGUUUAUCGAAGGAUAUGCCACCCGAAAGCUCCAAUGUGGAUCAGCCGUCGAAGCGAAUCACAUCAGGUAGAUCUGCAAAACAGCUUUCCUUCUCAUCUCCGCCAGCCACGACGGCAGAUAAUUCCACAUGUACAACCACUUCUGCGAAGCAUCCCAAACGAACUACAUCAAAUUCUGCAGAGGAGCUGUCUUUGUCAACUCCGCAAGAUGCUACUUUUCUGAUACCCAGAUCAACAGGAGAUGAGCUUGCUGUUAUGAGUACGUCUGCGGAUCAGCCGUUGGCACAAACCACAUCAAGUUCUGCAGAGCAGCCAGCUUUCCCGACUCGACCAGCUACAACUGCAGUUUUAAUGCCCAAAUCAACAGGAUCUAGUAAUUGUACGUUUGAAGCUCAACCGUUUUUGGAUGAGAGACAGCAGAAAAUGAUUGUGCAAGCGGUCAGCCAUAAGGAUGCAACUGUAUUGGCGGCUAUUUUGAAAGACCACUGUCCAAGUGUUUUACAGGAGUUAAGAAAGGCCUUCGAGGAGGAAUUGAAGACAUCAUGUGCAAAGCUGUGCAAGCGUUCGCAAGGUUCAGUUCUAUAUGGAAAUGACUACGAGAGCAUUGAAAACUUUGAUUUCAAUAAAGUAUGGGUUGAAUUGAAGACGAACCACCCUUUUCUUAUAGAGAUUAUGAACGCAGUGUCAGGCAAAGAGAACUCUGUCGUAGAAAAAAAACUCGAGCUUCAAGUCAAGUACAGUUUUUUAUACUCCAUCCUUAUGAGCGAGAGAUGGCAUGAACUCAACCUAGUGAAGCGCGUGAACACAGUUCUCAUCAUCGAGGGUGGAUGUACCAAACAGGUAUUUCAGCUUACUGAAAUGUAAAACAUCAAACAUUGGUUGAUUUCCCCAAGGGGGGUACUGAUUGGGAUGUGCUGCCUGGUUCUCCAAAUCCUGACCCUAUUUCAGACUCAAAAAUGUGAUUUUCCACACCUGUUUUCACACCAGACUUCUAAAAUCCAUACCCAUUUUCAGACCUAGCCGUUAGGCAGAAAUUAUGUUAUCAUUACUUAGUAUAGAGCGUGAACAAAAAAAUUCUUCAAAUCCACUUCCAAUUUGCCUAUCUCUGUUACUCAUUUUGAAUUGAAACGAUAAAUACGUUCAUACACUCCCAUAGUUCGCUCAAAAACCAUACCUGAUCUCAGACCAAAAUGGGCAAAGUGUAUACCCGUCUUCGGACCAAACCCUACCUGAUGGGCAGCACAUACCUAUAUAGCUUACAUAGGCGAGUAACCCCCUUGUGGUUGAUUCCUGAACUAAUAUUUCCUCUUACCCACACAGCAGUAUUUAUAUUUUGCCAUUUAAAUCAUGGAUUGGUUGCUAUCGGAAAUUCACACUUUUUAUAGAGCUUGUUAUUGUUGUGUAGUAGUUUGUGAUUCAGUUUCUAUUUGAAAGAUCCAUCCUUAUAAUGAAGCCUAGAAAAGAGAACUGCUCUGUGGAUAUUGAAAUUUGUUUUUUAAAUUCUGUCUCCCUUUAAAUAGCUCCAAGAACGACUAAAUAAACUUGGUGUAUGCCUGUCAUCUGGGAGAAGAGAUACCCUUCUGAAGCUGUUAGGAGGCCACUUCUCAGACAUAGUAGUGACAAAAAUGAAGAAAGGAAGUGUGUUCCGAGGUACUGGUGACAACUGGGAUUUGAAAAUUUUGAAAGGCCAUAUGAGAAAGGAAGUCCAGAAUGAGGAUCUGCACUUGUUUGCCAGUAACCUAAUUGAAAACAGAAUCAACUUCAACCACUUACCCAAUGACAACCCCAGAGGAGAUAUUAAAGAUUUCCGUCGACAUAAUUUUUCCUUAAAUGUAAAUGAAUGGAAGACAUAUGCAGAAUGUGCCAAAAUUAUUGUUGGGCGAAUUGUUCUUGAGUUCUGUCCCAAAUUUAAGUUCUUGAGAGCAGUUAUCCCCAAUCACAUUUCUCAUGAGUACAGUCUACAAAUGGCACAGAAGUCUACCAUAGUUAGUUUGCCAAUAAUCAAUGCAAAUGAAUCAAAGUAUGAUGAUUGUGUUAACAUUUUAAGAACUUAUGAAAAGUGGAUUGCUGAAAUCUAUGUUCAGGCUGGGCUGCUAGAUGAAAUACCACACACUGACAAUCCACCAGUUCCUGAAGGACCUGCAGCACCUGGCCAGACAAAUGCACACAGACAAGACACCAACGAUGACCCAAUGAGGGAAAUGAAGAUUCCUUUUGCUGGCGAUCAGCUAACCCGAGUGAGAUUUGCUGGAGCCAAAGAUUUGCUGUCAGGUUCACACACAGCAUCCGAUCGUUUUGAACAUUGCUCUCCAUUUAAACCUGUGAUGUGGCAUACCAAAGCUUCUCUUCUACAGUACACGUACUCAUUUCUGCACAAAGCAGAGUCAGUAAAUCAAAUUGGUACCUUGAAGUACUUCAGGGAGAAGUACAAUAGAAGGAAUGCUACCCCUUCCAAAGUUCUUGACUCCUAUGAAGGAAGUGAAGAGCUGUUCCUCAGUGUAGGUAAAGCUUACAUAAUAACAGCUGUGCUGAACUUUUUUGGGAUGUCAGACCUUGAGGAUACACCAUCAUUACAUAAAUUUCCACAAAACAUUGCACGCGAGACCACAGAAAACAAGAAGAAAUACUUUGAUGAUGCCUUUGGAAAGUUUAUUGACAAGUUCCUGUUACAGAAAGUAAAUGCCAAUGAUUUUUACAAUGAUGAUUAUGUAAUGAAUUAUGCCCUUUGCUGUAUUUUCCUGGCUGUUCUUGUCAUGCAGAUGAAGGACACUGCAGCAGAGGGAGAUGGCAACAGAAAUCUCAUCAAUCAAAAACUCUUGCUCUCAGUUUUCAAGUCUAUGGGGGCAUACAGCAAAUAUGCAAUUGAAAUGUUUGUGAGUAUAGCCCAGAUUGAGUGUUUAUUAACUCCACGCCUAUCUGAACAGUUCAAAUGGGGAUUUUUUGUAAACUGGAGGGGUGGCUUUGGAAGAAAUAUCGAAGACGAUUUGGCCCAAGAAAUUUCAAACCGAUGCAGUAAAAGUAUUGUCCAGAGGCAGGGACCAAACAAAACUCUGAACUCUAUUAGCAAGGUCUGCAAAGCCACUACUGGCAUCUAUCAAAUCGUACAGGAAUUUGACUCAUCAGUUGGCAUUCACAAGACAUCUGUAGAACAUACUACACGAGACUCACUUCAAGAUGAGAAGGAAAUGGUACAGGACCUACUGCAGUUGAAUCCUUUCCAUUACAUGUCUGCGAGAUGUCAUGACAGCUUCCCUGAAAUUAAAAGGUCUCCCCUAAAGUACUUGAACAUUGUUGAAUUUCAUGAGUGGCUGGAUAAACACAUGAGAGAAUUAGCAGCUUAA